CAUCCCCACACCACCGAGGAGUGACAUUUGUGUGUAUGGAAACUAAUUUUAAAAGAUCUCGUGGUGUAAGACAGGUGUGAUCAUUUUGUUAUAAUUAAGCAUGUUUCCACUGACUGAGGAAAAUAAGCUUGUGGCUCAGUUGUUGUUCGGUACUGGCACCUGUCCAAGAUGUAUCUUCAGAUUCUGUGGCGUGGAUUUUCAUGCACCAUACAAACAUUCAUAUGAGGAGUUGCUUAAUGAUAUACAGAAAUUUCUGAAAGCUGAAAAAGAUGAAUUAAUUUUGGAAGUUCCAAACCCACCUCUCAAGAAAAUUCGGCUUCAAGAACUGGAAGAUGGGAUUGAUAAUCCGAGUCAAAAUGGGGAGAACAAGAUCUCUGUUAUUGAAGAUGGGAGCAUUGCUUCCCCAAACUCAAAUUUAAAUGUAAAUGUAUGCAAUGUUUGCCUAGGAAUUCUUCAAGAAUUCUGUGAGAAAGAGUUCAUUAAAAAGGUGUGUCAAAAGGUUGAGGCCUCUGGGUUUGAAUUCACAAACUUGGUAUUUUCAGUCUCCUUCCCACCACAGCUCUCUGUAAGAGAGCAUGCUGCAUGGUUGCUGGUAAAACAGGAAAUGGGAAAACAGAGUCUGUCACUGGGAAGAAAUGAUAUAGUUCAGCUAAAAGAAGCCUACAAAUGGAUAACAUACCCCCUGUUUUCAGAGGAACUGGGUGUUCCCAUUGAUGGAAAGAGCUUGUUUGAAGUGAGUGUGGUCUUUGCUCACCCAGAAACAGUUGGGGAUUGCCACUUCCUAGGUAAAAUUUUACCAGACUGUUUCAAGCCAGCCAAAAAUAAGCAGUCGGUAUUCACUAGAAUGGCAGUUAUGAAAGCUUUGAAUAAGAUAAAAGAAGAGGAUUUCCGCAAGCAGUUUCCUUGUCCUCCAAACUCACCAAAGGCUGUUUGCACUGUUCUUGAAAUUGAAUGUGCUCAUGGUGCUGUUUUUGUGGCUGGGAGAUACAAUAAAUAUUCCAGGAAUCUACCACAAACUCCUUGGAUAAUUGAUGGAGAAAGGAAGCUGGAAUCUUCAGUGGAAGAAUUAAUUUCAGAUCAUCUGCUGACAGUAUUCAAAGCAGAGAGUUUUAAUUUCUCAUCCUCUGGAAGAGAAGAUGUAGAUGUGAGAACAUUAGGAAAUGGAAGGCCCUUUGCAAUUGAGCUGGUGAAUCCUCAUAGAGUACAUUUCACUUCACAAGAAAUUAAGGAACUUCAGCAGAAAAUUAAUAAGUCAUCUAACAAAAUCCAAGUACGUGACUUGCAGCUUGUUUCAAGAGAGGCAAUAGGACAUAUGAAAGAAGGUGAAGAAGAAAAGACUAAGACCUAUAGUGCCUUAAUAUGGACAAAUAAAGUAAUACAGAAGAAAGACAUCGAAUUUCUGAAUGAUAUAAAGGACCUAAAGAUUGACCAGAAAACCCCUCUACGGGUCCUUCACCGAAGACCCUUGGCUUUGAGAACUCGUGUCAUCCACUCUAUGGAGACACACUAUGUGGAUGAACAUCAUUUCCGCCUUUAUCUGAAGACUCAAGCUGGAACCUACAUUAAAGAGUUUGUACAUGGAGACUUUGGGAGAACCAGGCCAAACAUUGGCUCUCUGAUGAAUGUGACUGCUGACAUUCUUGAGCUGGAUGUGGAGUCUGUAGACGUUGACUGGCCACCUGCUCUGGAUGACUAGCUUUCGGAUUUGGAGAUAAAGAGUAGGGUUUUCUUGGCAUGAUGUGGACAUCCAUGCAACAUACCCUGUAAAAUGGCUGUUUACUCACCAUAACGGUGUCUUGGAAACCAUUUGGAUCAUGUUGAUCUAUUUUUAAAUUUGUUAUAACAUCUCA